UCACACCUUAAACUUCUAGUAUUCUAUAAGUUCUGGGUAUCUUUCUUUCGGAAUCUAAGGGCUCAGGCUCUCUAUUUUUCAGAAACUAAGGCAAGGUACUAGAAGCUUUGAAACUUGUAUUAUGGGUAGUGUUGAGAGAGACGGUGAUCCUAAUCAGCCUUUGUUGAGAGAAGCAACUGAUGAUCAUGAAGAUCAAGACAAUAAAAAAUUAUCAGUAAGGGUCUGGAUUGAAUCAAAGAAACUAUGGCAGAUCGUUGGUCCGGCAAUAUUCAGCCGGGUUUCAGCCUACACCAUGAACAUCAUCAGCCAAGCAUUUGCCGGCCACCUUGGUGAAGUUGAACUGGCAGCUAUAUCCAUAGCCAAUACUGUAAUCGUUGGCUUCAAUUUUGGUCUUCUGUUAGGAAUGGCGAGCGCAUUAGAGACACUUUGCGGUCAAGCUUUUGGAGCCAAAAGAUACCAUAUGUUAGGCAUUUACAUGCAAAGAUCAUGGAUUGUACUUUUCCUAUUCUGCUUCUUGCUAUUACCCGUUUACGUUUUUGCAACUCCGAUUCUGAAAUGGCUCGGUCAGCCGGAUGACGUGGCAGAGUUGUCGGGGGUAGUUGCGGUGUGGCUGAUCCCAUUGCACUUUAGUUUUGCUUUUCAGUUUCCGGUGCAGAGGUUCCUGCAGAGCCAGCUUAAAAACCAAGUAAUUGCUUGGGUAUCGUUAGUGGGACUAUUGGUGAAUAUAUUGACAAGCUGGCUAUUCGUUUAUGUUCUAGAUUAUGGUGUAAUAGGUGCGGCUAUUGCGUUGGAUAUCUCUUGGUGGGUGUUGUUUUUGGGUCUUUUUGGUUAUACUGCAUUAGGUUGGUGUCCUUUAACAUGGACGGGUUUCUCUAUGCAAGCCUUUUCUGGCCUCUGGGAAUACACCAAACUCUCUAUAGCUUCUGGAGUCAUGUUAUGCUUGGAAAAUUGGUAUUAUAGAAUAUUAAUAUUAAUGACUGGACAUUUAUCCAAUGCCACUGUAGCUGUGGAUGCCUUAUCAGUCUGCAUGAGUGUGAACGGAUGGGAAAUAAUGAUUCCUCUUGCUUUCUUCGCUGCUGCCGGAGUGAGGGUGGCCAAUGAACUGGGAGCUGGGAACGGUAAGGCAGCAAAAUUUGCAACAAUUGUAGCUGUUGCAGAAUCGACUCUAAUCGGCCUCAUCCUUUGUGUUGUAAUAAUGAUACUAAGAGACAAGGUCGCAUUAAUAUUCACUUCUAGUGAAGAUGUCCUUGAAGAAGUUAAUACGCUCUCCUAUCUCUUAGCUGUCACAAUUCUCCUUAACAGCGUUCAACCAGUUUUAUCAGGAGUGGCUGUGGGGUCUGGAUGGCAGGCAAUGGUUGCAUAUAUAAAUCUUGGAUGCUAUUACAUCGUAGGACUCCCUCUGGGAAUUCUAAUGGGGUGGGUCGUCGAUUUGGGUGUUAUGGGUAUCUGGGGAGGAAUGAUCUUGGGUGGAACUGCUUUUCAAACAGUCGUGUUGUCCAUUAUAACUGCAAGAUGCGAUUGGGAUAAGGAGGCUGAAAAAGCAAAGCAACGCGUCCAGAAAUGGUCGAGUCCCAACCCGGACAAUGACUCAGAAGACCGAAGUAAUUAACCGCACUACGCUUUAGUAUUAUGGAUUCCAACCGGCCACCUCAAUCUGAUUUUGAGCUUUUUUUUUUUUUAAAUUACUGUUCAUUUCAUUGUCCAAUGCAUCAAUUUUUUAAUAGUAGCAAAAACCACUGCAUCAAUUUUUUUAAUAAUAGCAAAAAGUUUUGAACAAAAAGGAGUAUGAAUUAUAAAUCCACAACAGUGGAGAAGAUUAUCUUUCUGAAUGUGUCCAUAAAACUACACAAAAAGAAAAGAAAAAUGAUAGAGUUAUCUAAAAUUACACAUCGAAUUUGUGCAUCGAAUAACGUAGUAAAAUCUUGACUGUUGAUUAAUAUUAACUUAUAAUGAAUCAACGGUCAGGAUUUCGUUACGUCAUUUGAUUAACAAAUUUGGUGUACACCCUUCGAUAAAUUCAGCAUUAGUUAAAAGAAAAUGGAAGAAUCUAUUCUGAAUAAUAAUAUAAUAUAUCUCUCAACUUUAUAGCGCCCGUGAGGAGACAGUUUUUUAGCUUUUGAAUACAACCUGAACCGAAAUUAGUGCUAUUUUUUUUUUUU